AUGGCGGGCUCCCUCAUUUACUCCGCUGCUCCCUACCACAUAAUCAGUUAUGGCAUCUUGCUAGGCACUACAACCUUUCAGAGCUUUGUUGGAGGCAUAGUCGCAUUCAGAAAUCUACCUCGGCCGCAGUUCUCACAGCUGCAGCAAGCGACCUUUCCCAUAUACUUUUCAAUGCAGACUGCCCUUCCUAUUCUCCUGGCCCUGACUCUGCCAGCCGAAAGGACUGCGAUCAGUACGAUACCCUCGAGUAUAUCUGGUGUCCUCGACCCCGUCAACCGCUUUCGAGUGCUUGCCCCUCUUUUGACGAUGUUUGCUACUGCAACCGCCAACCUGGUGUAUAUUGGGCCGGAAACUACGAAAUGUAUGCGGGAGAGAAAGCACCAAGAGACGAGAGAUGGGAAGAAAAGCUACGACGCGCCUCCGCAUAGUAAAGAGAUGCAGGCACUUAACCAACAAUUUUCGAGACUACACGGCGCAUCUUCUUUGGUGAAUCUGUUGUCCUGGAUGGCAACUUUGUGGUAUGGGUUUUAUCUUGCGGACAGAAUAUCCUGA